CUGUAGUGAUUUGACAUUGUCCACUAUGUUCAGCAUGUAACAUUCGUGUAUCGGGGUUUAGUUUUGUCCUCUUUUCUUUAUAAGGGGUGCCACAUUUAAUUUUUGGCACCAGUGUUACUUGGAAUAUCAGAUUUAAAAGAAAGGGAAUUGAGUAUAUUAAUAUAAAAUGUUCUGAAUACUUUCUUAUGAUUAAAGUUUCUGUAGAAUUACGAUUCUUGGCUAUAAUGGCAAAAUAAUAAUAGUAACUAGAAAAGCACUCAGAGAGCGCAGACCUCCGCCAAGGACUACCCCCAUUUUUUAAAUAAAUUGCGAUAAAAUCAGUCUUCUGGAUCAGAUCCAGAUCAGCCUUUGGAUUAUGAAAGAGGAUCCCAUUGUCCAUCCCUGAGUCAAAUUUCAUGGGGUUUGGUCAAUAAUUAACCGAGAUAUUGAGAAACAAAAUUUUUGGCCCAUUUACCACAAUGUUAACUAAAAUUUCAAAGUGAUCCAGAAUCCAGAAUUUCUUCCGGAUCACCCCCAAAAUGAAAUCAGUUCUUCCUUUUCACAUUUCCAACAAAUCCUGAAAAUUUCAUCAAAAUCGGUCCAUAACUUUUUGAGUUAUGUUGCUAACAGACAAACAAACAAACAAACAAACAAACAGACAAACGCCGGCAAAAACAUAACCUCCUUGGCGGAGGUAAUAAUAAUUAAAGCCGCGCGCGGCGAUGGUGGCCCUCGCCCCGGCGCACAGUCCCCUCCCACGCGACGCCAGGGACUCGCAACCGCCCCGGCGUCCCAGUCUCUCUGCCCGACAGCUGCCCAGGCCGACAGCUUGUCCAACAGAAAAAUUACAUAGUGUACCUUUAAUAUUGGAUAAUGUGAAUGAUUCUAGAGACAAACUAUAGAAACUAGGCCACAGGUCACGUGACUUUUAUGGUCAGGAGAACUGUCACACUAAGACUGUGCAUAAAAACACACCUUCCACCAAAAAAGUUUCAUAGUGCACCUUUAAAAUUGGAUAAUGUAUCGUAUAACGAUUCUAGAGGCAAAAGUGUAAAAACUAGGGCAUAGGUCUCAUUGACUUUUCUGAUCAGGAGCACGUCAGGGAAUGUUCUGCAAAGUUUCACGAAUGAACGUGAAAGUUAUUUUAUUUCUCCUUAUAGUAAAUUUUGUGCAUUCCUAUAAGUGGCACUGUAGCACUGAUAAUUGUGUUUGACAUAUCAAUGGACUCAGGGUCAUGCAGUGUUUAACUGAUAGAAAUUUCAGCACGAUCGCACUAAACAAGUGUGUAUAAUAAUUUUUACAAAUUUUUUCGGGGGAUUCUUUGCGCCCCUGCUGGCCAACAGUGAAAAAUACCCCAUGUCCGUAAUAGACUUUUUGGCUUGUAAUCAUGCAUAGAAUUUAAUCUCCAAAUUUGGUCCAAAUCCGAUAAUACUGACGUUUCGUGUCUAUGCUAGGGGGCGCUAUAGAGUUCACUUUUAUUAAAUUUCAUAUUUCAUUACAUUCAGGCCUAGAUCAUGCAAUUGUAAUUUGAACAAUGCCUGUGGCCGUGACAGGUCACCGAAGAAACAGGAAAUGAAGGCGUUUUUCGCCGGCGUCUACGGGCAAACCGUAAGGAGUAUCCUAAAAAAAAGUUGAACGUUUGUGAGUUCAUGUCUGUAGAUGUGACAUGUCAAAUCUGAGCUCAUUUGGACCAAACCUCGGGGACUUGAAUCUUUUUGUAGACACCCAAGUCAAAACGGCGCCGAAUGUUUGAUCCAAUAUGGCCGACUUCCUGUUCGUCAUAGGGUCAUGCUCCAAUUCAUCUUUUGGCUUGUCUCAUUGUUCUCUAUCACUGUUCCGAAUUUCGUUUCCCUGCGACAAACUUUGCCAGUCCCCACUCCCAUAGGGGUCCAAUUCUAGGCGGCGCUGUUGAGUCUGGUCACAUCGGUCAUUGUCGCGAUGCCCAUUUUAUCGAAUUUUUUCGCCGGACCGGUCGAUCUGAAUCCCGGUUUGGGGACUUUUCGUCGAUGUUCAGGGGGUCAAAAAUGCGAUUCAAUGUGGGGUAAAAGAAUAAUUUAAAAAAAGAAAAAGAAACCGACGAAGAACAAUAGCCCUCGCCAGUUACUUCGUUACUGACUCGGGCCAAUAAAAACACACCUUUAUUUGAUAUAGGUGGUAGCCUAAGCCUCAAGCCAAAAAGGUUGGAAACCACUGCGCUAUACUGCCACAAGAUGGCAAUAUUGACAAAGUUUCCUGCAAAUUAUUCUUGUGUUUUAGACCAGUGAUUUUUAACCACGGGGCCGGAGCUCCAAGUAGGACAGGAACCACCUCCUUAGGAGCCCUACAAUCAGUACACAUCAAAUUCAAAAGUGUUAAAUUCACGUUGGUGUUGUGAGUAAAGUGAAGAAAAUCCAGAUAUGUUUCAACAUAGUCAAGAGUUAUUUUAACUAUGACAGUGCUGUAGAGUAAAAUAAGUAGUUGUUGAUUCACAGUGUUCACAGUUGGAAAAACAGUAUUGUGUCAUAUGAUUUAUUUAAAUUGUGUUGAUUGUAUGAUGUGCAUUGUUUUAAUACAAGUUAAGUUGAAAUGGAAUUUUGUGGUGGUUUUCAUUAUUUUACAUUUGUAAAAGGGAUUAUGAACUAGAAUGACCACAGCAUUUCGACUGUAUUUAGUGAAGAAAGAGUUACUAUUGAAUAGUGUAACAUGAAGAACACUCUACACUAUUUCUACUUUCUUCAUAAAGUGUUAAAACAUAGCAAUACAGAGUUAUUCGUUUUUCACUAUACAUUAGUGUAAAAAAAAUCUAAUCUUAAUCAGUGUCAAAUCCAACUAUGAGGAGUGUGGUACAUCACCAGUGUUGAGCCUUCUACACUUUGGAAAGUGUAGUUUUAACUCAUUUUAUUGUGAACCCCAUAUCACAUGGUAAAAGUGUUAAAAUUAACAAAAUACGAGUUGAAUUAACACUCGAAUCUGUGUACAAUAUAAUACAUUUAAUAUGAGAUAGGGCCCCAGGUUACUUUGCUCAGAAGAUUGAAAAGGUUAAGAACUUACCUUUAGACCACCUCACUUUUUAUGACAAUUGGCCGAAGAAGGUCAAAACUUGAUAGCUCUUGAUAGCCAGUCAGCCCAUUUAAUUUUGUACAAGGACUUAUCCUGGAUUUUUUGUUUGUUUUUCUUUUCUUCUUAGGAUGCCUAUGCCUGUAUGGAAAUAACAGAAAACAGAUUAAUAUGAAGUCAAUAACAUUUGCCCUAUCUCCUGUCUUGUAUUGGGAAAGGUGAUGUUAAAUUGGCAUGAGGAUAGUGAGGAGAUUACCGGGACGGAGGGAGGGAGGGGCAGACGCCGAGUGUCGCGCGCACAGACCAUGGAUCUAUGGCACAGACGCAUCUCCAGUCCGCAUCCAAGAUGCGAUUGGUCAGCGUGUCCGGGGCACGGCUUCGGAGGGCGGCCGAGGAAGAGGAGAGAGAGAAGGAGCGCCCUGCCGCACCUGCCCCGCCCCCUGUCUCACACCAUCAGUUCAACAGCCUCAAAAAUAAAUUCUUCGAUGAGCUCACACAUUUGCCAAAUCAUAAACUUCGCAUGCCUAUGUGGGCUGUGGGUGCCAUCGUGGUGGUGGUCCUGGCUUUAGUGGCAUGUAUGGGGUUCUGCAUUUACAAGAAAUGUUUCAACAAAGGCAAAAAGCAGAAGAAAGUGAGAGAAAGAAAGGCUGGAGGAGGCCGGGGACGCAGGAAAAAAGACAAGGAAGGAGAGGACGAUGACAAGAAGGAGGGAGACGAGGCUAAAGAAGAAGAAGAGAAGGAGUUCUUUGGUAAACUGGAGUACUCACUGGACUAUAACUUCAACGAUAACCAGCUGAUCGUAGGAAUCCUCCAAGCCCAGGACCUGGCAGCUAUGGACAUGGGAGGCACUUCAGAUCCUUAUGUUAAAGUGUUCAUGCUCCCAGACAAGAAGAAGAAGUUUGAGACCAAAGUCCAGAGAAAAAACCUGUGUCCAGUCUUCAAUGAGACUUUCACAUUUAAGAUCCCAUACACUGAGCUCGGCGGACAGACCCUAGUGAUGCAGGUCUUUGACUUUGAUCGAUUUGGAAAACAUGAUCUCAUUGGAGAGAUUAAGAUCGCUAUGAACACUAUUGACCUGGGACAACCCAUCCAUGAAUGGAAGGAUCUGAGCGGAGGAGAGAAGGAAGAGCAAGAGAAGCUGGGUGACAUCUGUAUUUCCCUGCGUUACGUCCCAACCGCUGGAAAACUCACCGUCAACGUCAUGGAAGCCAAGAAUUUGAAGAAGAUGGAUGUGGGAGGACUCUCAGAUCCCUAUGUGAAACUGGUGCUACAGCAUAAUGGCAAACGUAUAAAAAAGAAGAAGACAUCAGUCAAACAGAACACGCUGAAUCCAUAUUUCAAUGAGAGCUUCAGUUUUGAGAUCCCCUUCUCCCAGAUACAGAAAGUGCAGUUACUGGUGACUGUGUACGACUACGACAAGCUGGGGAGUAAUGACCCCAUCGGGAAGUGCUGGAUUGGUUACGGUGCUUCGGGGGUAGGUCUGCGGCACUGGUCAGACAUGUUGGCCAACCCCAGGCGUCCAGUGGCUCAGUGGCACACGCUUCAGCCAGAGGAGGAGAUAGACGCAGCACUCAAGGCGCCCAUCCGCUAAAACAAAUGCUCAGCACAAGCUUCACAGGAGGUUUUUAGGCUUUCACAGUAGCAUAAUUGUCCAUUAUUUCUGACCUUGUUACUGAGAGUAUAUAACCAAUCACACAUCAAAAUCUGCAGGCUACAAAUCUGUGGUUUUCGAGAAUUAUGAAAAAUUGUUGUUAUAAUAAUUAGUGUUUUAAAACUAAAUAUUACAUCUAAAAAAACAUUACCCCACUGCACGAUUAAAGAUUUUUGUGAUCUCAUUUAAACAAGGCAAUGUGACAGGAUUCCAGAGUACGAAAAUGUCCAUCCUGUUCAAAUUGAUCUCUGUAUGACUUUGUAUGUAUGGCGUUUAUUUUUACGCCUCUAAAAAAGCAAACUUUUAUGUUAUGGUUACAUGUUUUCAGGAGCAAUCAGCAAUGGGGCAGGGAGUACCUUUUCUAUUUGUUUGACCUUUGUUUUUGCUGUUUUGUGUCAUGUAUUUUUCUUUGUUAAUGUGACUGUGUUGUAUUAAUAUUGAAUGUCUUUUGAGCAUUAUGUGUUUAAAGAUACUAGAGAGAUCAUUGUAACUAAAUAGAUUCAAAAUAAAGUAUUUCUAAACAACA